CACGUAUCAACUAUAAACUAAGUAGCCCCUUUGUAAACAAGCGUCUCGGCUGUCAGUGCGAGUCCCGCCGUCGCCAUGAAACAACCGCUCAUUAUUCUUCUAACCAAGUUAUUAUUAGCAUCCGCGUUAAACCUAGAAUACCUAGACCCGACCAAAUUACAAACGAAAACACCAGCCAGCGUUCAACAGAAUGCAGCGUCCAAUAUCAUAUCGAAAUACAUGAGCGGCGUAAUCGUAGAAGUUAAUCCGAUAUUGUUUAGUGACAAGAAAGAUGUGUUUUCUUUAUGGACGAGCCAGGGAGCGUUACAUAUACGGGCGAGUACGGGCGUCGCUGCUGUUUGGGGGUUCAAUUAUUAUCUCAAGAAGUACUGCAAAAGCCAUAUUGGUUGGCAGAACCAGCGUAUCAGCAUUCCGAGUCCGCUGCCCGAAGUUAAUGAAGUGGUGACCGCUAACGACAGAUUCCGGUAUUAUCAAAACGUGUGCACGGCCUCGUACAGCUUCGUGUGGUGGAGCGCUCCAGACUGGCAGCAGCAUGUGGAAUGGAUGGCUCUCAAUGGUAUAAAUCUGGCGUUGGCUCCGGUUGCCCAGGAGGCCGCUUGGACACGCAUCUACCGCCGCCUUGGUCUGACAGAUGAAGAAAUUAACGACCACUUCACCGGGCCAGCUUUCUUAGCGUGGAACCGCAUGGGUAAUGUCCGCGGCUGGGCCGGCCCGCUCACCAAGUCCUGGCACGAGGCUCAACGUGACAUACAGAGCAGUAUCCUCGACUACAUGUUCCAGCUUGGCAUCAUUCCCGUUCUCCCCGCAUUCAACGGACACGUCCCGAAAGCUUUCUCCAGAAUCUACCCUAAUGUAACCAUCCAUGCCGUUGAAACAUGGAAUAACUUCGACAGUGACUACUGCUGCGGAUCGUUCCUCGAUCCAAACGAACCAUUGUUCAAAGAGCUCGGCAAACAAUUCCUAACCGAAGUCACAGUUGGAUCCGGAACAAAUCAUAUCUACACCGCCGAUCCAUUCAACGAGGUCAAGAUCCAGUCCUGGUCCACCGCUCUAGUUAAAAACACAGCUCAAGCUAUUUACUUAACUUUAAAGGAAACUGAUAGCAGCGCAGUCUGGCUUCUACAAAAUUGGAUGUUUGUCCACGAUCCGAUUCUAUGGCCGAUGGAAAGAGUUAAAGCGUUCCUGACCGCGGUUCCCUCAGGGCGCAUGUUGAUAUUAGACCUACAAUCGGAACAAUGGCCGCAGUACGAUUUGUAUCAGCAAUAUUUCGGGCAGCCGUUCGUGUGGUGCAUGCUGCACAACUUCGGCGGCACGCUGGGCAUGUUCGGGAACAUGAAAUCAAUAAAUAGUGACGUGUAUACAGCGCGUUUGAAGGCGAACAGCACGAUGAUCGGUGUGGGACUCACGCCUGAGGGGAUUAACCAGAACUACGUGGUGUACGAGCUGAUGCUGGAGUCAGCGUGGCGGCACGCGCCCGUGGAUCUCAACACCUGGGUUGCGGCUUACGCUGAGCGCCGCUACGGCUGCAACGAAACAGCGUCCGCUUGGCGCUACCUCCUCAAAAGUGUUUACAGCUUUGACGGCCUCAACAAAAUCCGAGGCAAAUACGUGGUGACUCGACGACCCAGCUUCAGAAUAAGACCCUGGGCAUGGUACAAGAGUCACGAUCUUUUCCAAGCGUUCAAAAAAUUCGUAGAAGUAUCUAACUCUGACUGCUACUCGCCAGGAUACUACCACGACCUGGUGGAUAUCACACGGCAAGCGCUGCAGUACCGCGCCGAGCAGCUUUACGUCAAUCUACAGAGCGAUCGUUUCUCCAACACAUGGGUGUUCAACGCGUCUAUAAGUUUAUUCCUCGAUGCGAUGCAGGAUAUGGAACGAAUCUUGUCUGGCAACGGCGACUUUGCACUCAACAAUUGGCUGUCUAAAGCGAGAGGCUUCGCCAACGGGCCAGAGCAAACUUUACAAUACGAUCUGAAUGCACGCAACCAGAUAACUUUGUGGGGGCCGAAUGGAGAAAUUACGGAUUACGCGUGCAAGCAAUGGGCAGAGAUGUUCCACUACUAUUAUAUUCCGCGCUGGCGAGCAUUCCUGGACGCGGGACUGAUGGCUAAGGUUCGCGGCGAAUUGUUUGACGAAGCAAGCACACAAAGACUAGUCAGAGCUACGGUUGAAGAACAAUUCUUGUACGUGCAGAUAAACAGUCUUCCGUCAGUCGACGUGAAGAGUUUGGCUCUGGCGCUGUACCAGAAGUGGGCGUUCGUGCCAGGGGUGAAGGAUCUGCCUCUGAGCGUGCUCCGUCCUGACCCUGGGACCAGGACUACUCUGGCUGACGUCACGGAUUACGAGCUUCCGUCCACAUACGAACAGCCUACUGUAUUCAUGCUCACAACACCCUCGUAA